CGGGGCGUGUCUAGUGGGCGGGGCCUGCGCCCGCCCCGCCCCCAGCAGCGUGCCUGGCGGUCCUUUCCGCAUCCCUCUGGCCAGCGGUCCGUCGGUUCGUCUGCUCGUCCCCGGCGCGCGAGCACGGCAGGCGUCUGGGCUGCCGUAACCAGAGGGGCUGUGCAGACCCGUCCCCCUCCCCCACGGGCCAGGAAGGAUCGGAGCGCCUCCAUCAUGGGCUGGGGAGCUGGUGGGAGCUGCACUCCGCACCCACCCAUCCGCCAGCAGCCAGCGUCCGAGACCCGCGUGGUCACUGUGGUCUUCCUGGGCCUCCUGCUGGACCUCCUGGCCUUCACGCUGCUGCUGCCCCUGCUGCCCGGGCUGCUGGAGAGCCACGGCCGCGCACAUGACCCUCUCUAUGGCUCCUGGCAGCGAGGGGUGGACUGGUUUGCUGCAGCCAUCGGGGUGCCCGCAGAGAAGAGAUACAACAGCGUCCUGUUCGGAGGUCUGAUUGGCUCACUCUUCUCAGUCCUGCAGUUCCUCUCGGCACCGCUCACGGGGGCCGUCUCCGACUGCCUGGGGAGGCGCCCAGUGAUGCUGCUGUCGCUGGCAGGUCUGGCCACCUCUUAUGCUGUGUGGGCUGCGUCCGAGAGCUUCGCAGCCUUCCUGGCCUCCAGGGUGAUUGGCGGCAUCAGCAAGGGGAACGUCAGUCUCUCCACGGCCAUCGUUGCCGACCUGGGCUCUCCGCCCGCCCGAAGCAGAGGCAUGGCAGUCAUCGGAGUGGCCUUCUCGCUGGGCUUCACGCUGGGCCCCAUGCUGGGCGCCUGCCUCCCUUUGCGGAUGGCACCCUGGCUCGCCCUGCUCUUCGCUGUCUCGGACCUACUAUUUCUCUUCUGCUUCCUGCCGGAGACGCUGCCCCCAGAGAAGCGGGCUCCCUCCCCCACCCUGGGCUUCCGAGCUGCCGCCCACUUGCUCAGUCCCUUGGCCCUGCUGCGCUUCUCCGCUGUGGCCCAUGGCCAGGACCCGCCCGCUGGAGACAGGCUCAGCCACCUGCGCCGCCUGGGCCUGGUCUACUUCCUCUACCUCUUCCUGUUCUCGGGCCUGGAGUACACGCUGAGCUUCCUCACCCACCAGCGCUUCCAGUUCAGCAGCCUGCAGCAGGGAAAGAUGUUUUUCUUCAUCGGCCUCACCAUGGCCACCAUCCAGGGCACCUAUGCCCGGCGGAUUAGCCCCGGCGGGGAAAUUGCAGCUGUGAAACGGGCCAUCCUGCUGCUGGUCCCCGCCUUCCUCCUCAUCGGCUGGGGGCGCUCGCUGCCUGUGCUGGGCCUGGGGCUGCUGCUCUACUCCUUCGCUGCCGCUGUCGUGGUGCCCUGUCUGUCCUCCGUGGUCGCCGGCUAUGGCUCGCCUGGGCAGAAGGGCACCAUCAUGGGGACGCUGCGGAGCCUGGGUGCCCUGGCCAGGGCAUUGGGGCCCACGGUGGCCGCCUCAGUGUACUGGCUGACGGGCGCCCUGGCCUGCUUCACCGUGUGCUCGGGGCUCUUCCUGCUCCCCUUCCUCCUCCUGCGGCCCCUGCGACCUCCAGCACGGACACUCAAGGAGGAGUAGCAGAGCCAGCCCAGCCCAGGCGGAAGGAGCCGAGGCAGGAAGUCAGAGGCCACCCCGCCUGCUGGCCCGCCUCCUCCCUUCCUCCUGGGGCCCAGGCAGGAAUCCCGAGGCCUGCAGCCCAGGGGGCGCUCGCAGCUCUCCUCCUGCUGGACUGGACGGCCCUGCCUGGUGCCCACAGAGCCGGGUCAGGGACUCCAGAUCUUUCCAGGCUUCCGGCUUGUUUUUCACUCUGUGGAGAAUCAGCCAGGCGUCUGGAUGACAAAAUAAAGCAGCUGUUUUAUACCAA